AUGGAUGUGAAGGAUGUCAAGUCGAGCGCGUGGCAAACCAGCCCAGAAGAGCCCAGUCUCGACGAAAGUUCGAGCAGCGAGAAUAUCUUUCGACACAACACCACUGGAGCCAUCCGAAACCCGCUCGCUGGCAUUGGAAAAGAGGAAUUAUCUGCACAGGUUGAAGCCUACGCCGAUCAGUAUGGGCUACAAGACAUCGUCGGUUUGCUCCAAAAGGGGGCAUUAGCUGCGCAGAACCCCGACCACUUGGACCAGGUCCCAGAACUCUCUGCAGAGGAGAUGAAAGUUCUACAAGAGGAGAAGACUCAUCGAUGGCGUCAGCCGAGGACUUUGUACAUUCUGAUAGCACUGAACUCAGUCGGAGCUGCGAUCCAAGGGUGGGACCAAUGUGGGAGCAACGCUGCUAACCUGACCUUUCCUCAGGAGUUUGGCAUCGCGGACUCAGGAGACUGCGAGGCGUUGGGAACAUGCUCGAGGAAUGCCUGGAUCGUCGGCGCCAUCAAUGCGGCACCUUAUAUCGCCAUCUGCUUGUUCGCAUGUUGGAUGUCCGAUCCCAUCAAUCAUUACCUUGGUCGUCGCGGGACCAUCUUUGUGGCAUCCGUAUUCAGUCUGCUGGCUCCCAUUGGACAGGCAGUGUCUCAGACAUGGCCGCAGCUUCUGAUAUGUCGCAUUCUCCUGGGCGUGGGUAUGGGCCUAAAGGAAGUCACCGUGCCUGUAUUCUCAGCAGAGAAUGCCCCUGCCAACAUCCGUGGCGCGUUGACGAUGUCCUGGCUACUGUGGGUGGCGGCAGGUAUUGUCCUCGGCUUCUCUGCAAACCUGGCUGUAGCCAAUGUUGGGGGGAUUGCAUGGAGAUUGCAGCUCGGUUCCGCGAUGAUUCCGGCAAUCCCUCUCCUGAUCGGUAUCUUCCUGGUGCCAGAGUCCGCGAGAUGGCUGAUCAAGAAGGGCAAACAUCGGCAAGCAUAUGAGUCCCUGGUGCGUGUGCGAAACAGCCCACUCCAGGCUGCACGAGAUCUCUACUAUAUCCAUGUACAGAUAGAGGCAGAGAGGAAGCUUCUGGUGCAACAUGAGAGCAGAGCUUCUGCAAUACUUCGCCGCGCUGUGCAACUGUUCACGGUACCCCGGAUCCGACGUGCGACGCAAGCUUCUGGUAUUAUCAUGAUUGCGCAGCAAAUGUGUGGCAUCAACAUUGUAGGCUUCUACUCUAGCACCAUAUUCGUCCAAGGCGGUUUCAGUCAGAUGGCGGCGCUGUGGGUGUCCUGGGGCUUCAGCGUGACGGCUUUCCUCUUUGCCAUACCAGCCUUAUACACCAUCGAUCGCUAUGGACGUCGCACCCUGCUCAUCUCGACCUUUCCGAACAUGUUCUGGACUCUGUUGGCAGCCGGACUAUCUUUCCUCGCUUCCUCUGAUCAGGCAAAGUUGGCGCUGGUGGCUUUCUUCACGUUUCUCUUCGCAGCCUUCUAUUGCUCGGGCGAAGGGCCCUGCGCGUUCGUGUAUUCUGCGGAAGCGUUUCCAUUAUCGCACCGUGAGAUUGGCAUGGCUUGGGCAGUGGCCACGAACAACUUCUGGGCUUCCAUCUUGUCACUCACAUUCCCGCGUAUGCUGAGGGCGUUCGGUGCCACGGGCUCCUUCGGCUUCUACGCAGGUCUGAACAUCAUCGCACUGAUUUUCAUAUUCCUCUGUCUGCCUGAGACGAAGGAACGAAGCCUCGAGGAGCUGGACUUUGUCUUUGCAGUUCCAACUACACGCCAUGCGUCUUACCAGCUCAACGAGGUUCUUCCAUGGUGGGUGCGCAGGCAUAUCUUGCUCGAUAAAUCUGCUGCAUCGCCACAGCUAUAUCACUUUGAGUGA